AUGUCAAGUUGUAGGGGAGAGUUGGUGUGUAUAGGUGCCUUGAUUGACAGCACAUCCCCUUGCAGCACCCUCUUGGGCUCCGCAUCGAAGCUAUUUAGUUGUGGAUCCGCUUCGCACAUGGUGUUCAGGGUCUGCGUCGCUGUGCUGCUGCUCGCCAAUGCCGAUGGUCAAGAUUGCUCUGGCCACGGUGUCACUUGGGGCCCGGGAAUCGGACCACCUCCGUCCGGUUGCGGGCAGGGCCCCGGUGGUGACACAAAUCCCGGAGGCAGUAGCGGAUGUCAGAACCCAUCUUGUGCCAGCCCACCAUGUGCAGCACCUUUGCUGGGUGAUGUAGGCUGCACGACUGCAGCAGGUGUGGAAACUCUCAACCAUGAGAUGUUGCAGGCAGGAAACUCCAUCGCGAGCGGCGCACACAUCUUUGGCCCCUUCGAAGCUGGUUUUACCCAGCAGCAGCAGGGCAUCAUCGAAGGGUGGGGGUGCACAGACGCAUCACUCGUGUACGAUCCCGAUGGCGGAACAGAUAUAGGCAUUGCAGAAGCAAAAGUCGCCUAUGCUUGCAACAUACAGUUCCCUCGUGUGGUUGGUUCUACGUACUAUGGAGUUGUCGGUCCUUGCGGUGGUCACACAGGUGAUUACCACUUCCACCGGAGCCUCAGCUGUUUGUACGCAGCUUCAGGCGGUCAUUCCAGCAAAGUUGGCGAUGUCGCUUCUCAUGGCCUGUAUGGCAAGUGGGAAGAUUUCAACUUAAACAGAUUGCCCCUGCUGGAUGCUUGCGGAGCACAUAUUGGUCCGACCCCCGAGUCUUCCACACCAGUGUACCAUUACCAUGUCCAAGACAAACCACCGUACACGGUGGGUUGUCACGGGCCAAGUGCCUCAGGAGGAUUGGUGAGCAUUUCCGUAUGCCGGUCGCUGUACAAUGAUUGUGAUGAUGAUGGUGGGGCUGGCACAUCAGUCAGUACUUCCACGGGAAGCAUCUCGUAUGACUUGUUUUGUCCCUGCUUCGACGCAGCAGGUUCCAACAUGGGCAACAGCAUUCAGGAGCUUCCUGCUUUGAGCACGAAUGACAUCUAUUAUGUUGAGGGUUCUUCGCCGACGACCACCAGCACCACCACCACCACCACCACCACCACCACCACCACCACCACCACCACCACCACCACCACGACCACCACGACCACCACCACCACCACCACAACCGCAACCACAACCACAACCGAAACCACAACCACAACCACAACCACAAGCACCACCACCACUGCUGCCUCAGCCACCACAGCCACCAGCAUCACCACCACAACUUCCAUGACCUCUGCCACCGACAGCGGCAGCACGACCGUCACGACCCCCUCAGCAACACUAGGCACUGGCUCCAGCAUUAGCAGCAGCAUGACCAGCGCUACAACGACCACCAGCACCGCCAGCGCCACGACCGUUUCAAACGUGACACCGGACACCACCUCAGAAGGCACGAAGCUCAUCUACCUGACCGAAAGCUCAACAUCGGGCCACUGUCUCUUUGGAGGCAUGCUUGCCAUCGCCACGGUGAUGCUUUCUUAG